AUGCCGCGUGCGCGCGAGCCCGCCGCUGAUCGCCCCGAUGGCGCUCCGCGCAUGGUGGUGGUGGUGGUGUCGGCGGAGCGCCGGGGGCAAGGCGCGGCGCAGAGGGGUGCGGGGCGAGAGAUGGGCGACGAGAGAAGCGCGGAAGGAGGCGACGCGCAGGAAUCGGGAGAUGGCCGACAGAACGCCGCGCGGCGAACGUUAGCGGGGGACGACGUCACAGAUGGGGGAGCUGGGGGCGACGGGGGCGAAAGGAGCGAGAGGAGCGAGGGGGGAGAAAGGCGAGAGGAGGCAGGCGAGGCGAGGAGAGCGGAGAUGGAGGGGGAAGCGCGGCUCUUGCUUAGCAUCGAGCGAUCCAUUAUGGUGCAGUCAAGCACGUACUUCGCAGCGCUGCUGUCAUCGUUCCGAGAGGCGUCCCUGCCAAUGCAGCACAUCCACUGGGACCCCAUGCUCUUCGCACACCUCCUCCCGCACCUCCUGCCCGCCCUGCCCCGCCCCGCCCUCUCCGCGCCGCACAUCCCUGGCCUGCUCGCGGUAAGCACACGUACUGCUGCACGCUCGCUCUCAUAUGGCCGUGGGGGUUGUGGUGCUGUGCGUGAUGUGGUGCUGUGGGCACGGCAUGGUGUGGAAGCAUGGUGUGCGGUGUACUUUGGAGUGCCAUCAGCAGUGCGUGCUGCCAGCUGCUGGGCGCACAGCUACUGCAGCCCAGGGCGGGAGGGCCUGGCAGGACGAUCGAGCGUGGGCGCGGGGGGGAUAGCUAUGAGAAAAGGGAGCGGUGAGGGAGGGAGAGGAGGAGGGAGAAGUGGCAGGCGUGCAGGCGAGCGUGGGUGUCCAUGGGUGUGCUUCCCUGCGCCGGUAUCGGACGUGCACUGGCUCGCUGAUACAUGGACCGCUGCACGCGAUGCAGGUGAGGUGACCCGCCCCUUGCUCGCCCUCUCCUUUCCUGUAACAUCCACGCCCCCUGAACUCCUCUGCUCCUGCUCUGCCCUCACUCGCUCCCGCAUGGCGUCCAUUCCUGCACCUGCCCCUCAUGUUAUCCGCACUCAUAAUCUCUCCGCCUCUUUGUUUCCCUCCUUUUGUGCGUGCACAUUUUGGCGCAUGCGGUGGUUGUGCAUCGCGCAUGGCGACACACAUAUGGGUGGGCGGGUGCGCUCAUGCGAGUGGGUGGGUGGGUGGGUGGGUGUGGUGGGGCCAUCAGGUGCGUGCUGUGUGCAGCGCCUGUGUGUCGUCGUCACAGCCGUGGAGAUGCCAUACCUGGCCUGUGAGCAGCGUCACUGUCUGUCGCUGCUGCCGGCGUCGCUGCUGCGUGCAGUGCUGGCCACCCACCACGCGCUGCUCAACGUGCCAAGGCAGGCUGCUGCUGCCCCUCCGCCCACACCCCUUCCAGCACCCUCUGUCCUUCCAUUUCAAGUCAUGCCUUGCUCCUGUUUGCCCACCCAUCGGGACAUUCUAUCUGCUACUCUCCCACCUCUCUUCCCCAUGCCUCGUGUUCACCUCUGUGUUCUGUGUGUUGCUGUGCGCUGCAGCGAGCAGUGGCUGUGCGAAGUGCUGCUGUGGUGGGCGCUGGGGCAGUCGGGGGAGGCGAGUGAGGGGAGCAGUGGUGAGGGCGCAGCUCACGAGGGAUUCUUCCAUUGGGGAGCAGUGGAGGGGGAAGAGGAAGACGCGGAAUGGGGCGAGGAGAAGGAGGGCAGCGGGAUGAGUGACAAUGGUUAUGUGUACAUGCAAGGCGCGCAGAUCGAGGGUAGUGUGCGGGAGGGGCAGUCGUGGCCGCCGUUGCUGUCAGAGCGUGUGAGGAGCGUGGCAUGCAACCUCAUGGCCCAUGUUAACCGGUCCCUGCUUCCUCUCGCCUUCCUCCAAUCCCCCCUGGGCCAGCUCUUCCAGUCUCUUGCUGCUGCUGCCACACACCACACACAGCCCAGCAACGAGCACCCGGCCAGCACCAGGGAUGACAGCAGUGGCGCCAGCAGCAUCAGCGGCAGUAGCAGUGGCAGUGGCAGGGAACAGGGAGGGGGUAGUGAGGAAGGGCGAGUGCGCAUCUCGCCAUGGACCCAGGUCUACUCCUUCUCUGGCUGCUGCUCUCUCCCCCCGGACGCCUUCCUCUCAUCGUCCCUCUCACUCACCCACCAUGCAAGGCCAGCCCCCAUCGCACCAUGCACACUCGCCUGCCCUCCUCUAUCUCCCACUUCCUCCUCCACUCCUUCCACUCAACACUCCGACCAUCACCUCGCCCCUAACACCGCGCCCACACCUGCCUCUCAGCAUCUCCUCCCCCUCCCGCUGGCCCCUCUGCACGCCCAUCUGGACAUCUCACACUGCUCGCUGCUGCAGCCCUCGCAUCUCCGCACGUGGGCAGCAGCGGUGCCUCCACCACUGUCUCUGCGCCGUCUCACCGCCCGCUCCUGCCCCGUCCUGCUCCCUGUCCCCACCCUCCACGAGCUUUCCUCCUUCUGCCCGAAGCUUCAGUCGGCAGAUUUCUCCCUGCCCGAGCCUCCGGUGUUUUGCAGGGGUGUUGCGGGGUCAGGAUGGGUUGCUGCUGCUCUGCCUGGCGCUGGUGCUGGCACUGGUGCUAGUGUUGCGGAUGGGGAUGGGGUUGGAAAGAGCAAGGGUGGGAGCAAGAAGACACACAAGGGUACUAGCACGGGCAGCAUCACAGGCGCGAGUGGUAAGAAGAAGCAGGCGAGUGUGCGCACCCCCAGUGCAGUGGCUCCUAGUGGACCCAAAGGACGGCACAGCAGCAGUGCAGGGCAGGGUAGACGAGCAGCACACCAGGCAGGUGACAGGCGGGUGGAUGGAGGAGGAGGAGAGGAGCAGGAGGAGGAAGAAGAAGAACAGGAAGGGGAAGGGGAUGCGGAGGACGGCAAGGGAGAGGAAGGCGUGGGGGAGACAGCGAGCAUGCUGGUGCCGCUGCACCGCCUGUACAACCCGUGGCGGCUCAACCAUGUCACCUCGCUCUCGCUGCGCUGGCAGCAACACCUCUCAGACGGGCAGCUGAUGGACGUCGUACUCGCCUGCCCCGCCCUCACCCACGUGGACAUCACGGGGUGCACCUCGCUCUCCGACCGUGCCCUCGCCGCCCUCAUCUCCUCCUACACGCGCCCCCCUCCCGCCCCCGCCUCGCGCACUGCUCCCACUGUGACAUCCGCACGGCAGCAGCGAAAGGGUGGCCAUUCGAGCGCCCGUUCUCAUUGCUCCAAGCGCCCGUCCCCCCGGCACUCAGGUCGUUGUAUUGGUGAACUCCCCCGGUGCCGCCUGCAGCUGUCCCACCUGUGCGCAUCCCACACUCACCUUGGCGUGCGCUCCCUGCUCGCCCUCUCCCGUGCUCUCACGGCUGCUGGCGGGGCAAGGGAGGGCUCGGAUGAUGGUGAUUGUGGCGAGGCAGAAGAGGAAGAAGAGGAGGAAAAAGUGAAGGAGGUGGACGAGGAUGAGAGUGAGGAUGACGAGGAGGAGGAGGAAGAAGAUGAGGAAGAAGGUGAUGGAGCGAGUGAGGGACAUGAGGAGGGAGAUGAGGAGGGCGUGGGUGAAGGGCGAAGGAAGGACUGUGGGGUGAGUGGCACCUACGGUGGGCUCAGGAAGCUGGAGCUUGAUGGAUGCCCUGCCGUGCAGCACGCCCGUCCGCUCCUACACCUGCUCACAGCGGCCAGCCCCUCCCUCACGCACCUCUCCCUCGCGCACACCCUUGCUCCCGGCCGCAUGGGGGAACCAGCAGCACCUAAGGGCAAGGGGAGGGGCAGGGAGGCGCAGGGAGGGGCGGGCAGGGGCGAGGGAUGCUCUGGUGCCGUGGAUGAUGCACUCGUGAUGUCGUGGCUGCACGGCGCUCACACCCUCGCCACACAGGCCGUGUCCUGCACCACUGCAGGCAGCAGCAGCAGCAGCAGCAGCGAUGGCACUGCGGCGCUGCCCCACUUGACUCAUCUGAAUGUCUCCGAUGCCCCUGUCAGUCAGUCCCACAUGCCAUGCCCGUGCCCUCACUACACCACAUCAUCAUGCUGGUGGCAUGUCAUCUCAGCACUCUGCUACUUUGUCGUUGCGCUUCCUCACCCUCCUGCUUCUCCACUCCACUCUCCUUCCCCUUCAGCAUCCAACGUCACAUCCUCACCACUUCCCAACUUCUCCCGUCCCCCACCACCCCCAUACCACCCCUCCCCGUCGUCUCUGCGCCGUGGCAGCUGUCACCGGCCCGCCCCUCCACGGCCCCCCUCCUCCUCCGCCCCUUCCUCUCCGCCCAUCACCACCAUAACCAUCCCCCCGCACCUCACCACUCUCCACGCCUCCUGGGCGCUUCCCCUCUCCCUCUCCAUCCCCCCGCACCCCCCCAACCCGCCCACAAGUCCCUCCUCUGUGUGCCCAUCUUUACCACCACCACUGCCACGGCUCUUCCCCCUAUCGCACAGCCUGCGCGCCCUCGCCCUGGGGCUGGGCGCCACAAUCUCCGAUGCCUCACUGCGCGCCAUUGCCGCGUGCUGCCCUCGCCUCACUGCACUCUCACUCACCUUCCAGCCAGUGUCAGAUGACGGUCUUCUGCCUCUCCUCGCCGCCUGCCCACUCCGCAACCUCUCCCUGCUGCGCUGCGGGGGCCCCUUCUCCCCCGCGCUCUUCUCUCCACCGCUCCCCACAGCACAAGCAUCAGUAGCUGCAUGCGUGCACCAUGGCCACGCUCAUCCCCAUGCCCACAGCCGUGGCCCCUCACUGCUCGCCCAUUCCGCCACCUUGCCACGCCUCACAUCUCUCUCCCUGGGGGGCGGCUUUGCCUGGCUCUCCACUCUUCACUUUACUGCCCUUGCCUCCGCUGCUCCGCUUCUGCGCUCCCUUUCUCUCUCCUCCUGCCCCUUCCUCUCCCAAGACGCGCCUCUCAUACUCGCCAACUCCUUUCCAGCACUCACCUCACUCACGCUCACUGAGUGCCCCAACCUCUUCAACGUCCAUGCGCCAGCAUCCCUGUUCGCCCUCAGCGCCCUCUCCUCGCUGCACCUGCGCCACACUGGCAAGCAAGCGCCCCCAGACUUCAUUCAGCAGGCGUCUAGCAGGCUGCCAGCGCUGCAGCAUCUCACUCUGGACCUGUGUGACGCGCUCUCCUCCUCCUUCCACGUGCCACAAGAGGGCAGGGCGGAGAUGCAUGUGAUGGGAGACAGCCUGCUGGCAGUGCGGCUGUUCAAGUGCCAUGUGCUGCACUCCUCCCAUGCUCACUCGUUGACUGCCCUCACUCCUUCUGACAGCACGUCUGGGAAACGAACCCUGGGCACCAAGGAUGUCCUCGUUAUUGCCAGAACCACCAACGGCAUUGCCACAUCUGUCGAAAACGUCUCUUAG